AAAAAACCAGUAUGGGUUGAAAAAUUGGCAGAAAUUUUGGCUCACAUCUUCCUCAACCUAGACUGCCAAACUCAUAGAACCAAACAAACCCAGUAAAAAUCAAAGCAAAUGAGGAAAAGAUUGUUUAACUCUCUUUUAUCUUACUCAAAAUCACUGCAUUUUCCCCCUCGAAAUCCCCAACUUAAUCGCAUAAUCUUCCAAUUCAUUUCCACCUCUUCCCCUGCCAAUCUCGAUGGUUUAAUCGAUCCAGAUGACCCAUUUCCAUUACAAAACAACCCACGGGUCGAACCCGUUUCAGCCCAAGAUUUUGCUUUUCUAAGUUCUGAUUCUGGGACUUCAACAAAACAAAAAGUUAAUGCUCGUAAGUUUUCACUCGAUGCUGUUUUGAUUGCAAAUACCAUUUUGAGUGACAGUGGGGAAUUAUGGUACAGAACCCAGAUUUUUCUUAGGCAAUUUAGAGGAAGUAUCAAUGAAAAGUUGGUUGUUGAAGUUUUGAACUUGGUGAAAAUGAAACCUGAUUUGGCUGUUAAGUUUUUCAUUUGGGCUGGGAAGCAAAGUGGGUAUAGUCAUACUGUAAAUGUGAUUAAUUCUUUGCUUGAUUUAUUAGAGUCCGGUAAUGAUGAUCCUAUCCCAGAGAAAUUUUUGUUGGAAAUUAGGGAUGAUGAUGAAGUGAUUCUGAAAAAGUUGCUUAAUUUAUUGAUUGGAAAGUAUUGCAAAAAUGGGUUGUGGAAUAUGGCAUUAGAGGAAUUAGGUAGGCUUAAGGAUUUUGGUUACAAGCCAUCUAGAGUGACUUAUUGUGCUUUGGUUCAAGUGUUUUUGCAAGCUGAUAGGUUAGACACUGCUCAUUUGGUUUAUGGAGAGAUGUCGGAUGCCGGGUUUCGCAUGGAUGGUUAUACGCUGAGAUGUUAUGCUUACUCACUUUGUAGAACGGGGCAAUGGAGGGAAGCCCUUGCAUUGAUCGAGAAGGAAGAAUUCAAGGUGGAUACUGCUCUUUACACGAAAAUGAUAUCCGGGUUGUGUGAAGCUUCGCUUUUUGAAGAAGCGAUGGACUUUCUGAACAGAAUGCGUGCUGAUUCUUGUGUUCCUGAUGUUGUGACAUACAGGGUUUUGCUUUGUGGUUGUUUGAAUAAGGGGCAGCUCGAUAUGUGUAAGAUCAUUCUUAACAUCAUGAUUGCCGAAGGUUGUUAUCCAAGUCUUGGCAUAUUUAAUUCCCUUGUCCAUGCUUAUUGCAGAUCAGGAGAUUAUUCUUUUGCGUAUAAAUUGCUAAAGAAAAUGGUAAAAUGUGGAUGCCAACCAGGCCAUGUGGCUUACAACAAAUUGAUUAGUAGCAUUUGUGGCAAUGAGGAGUUACCUAGUUCAGAUGUGCUAGAAUUAGCUGAGAAUGCUUAUAGCAAAAUGCUUGCCGAUGGAGUUGUACUAAAUAAGAUUAACGUCAGCAAUUUUUCCAGGUGUCUAUGUAGUGUUGGGAAAUUUGAGAAAGCAUGUAAAAUUAUCCAUGAAAUGAUGCGUAAAGGCUUUAUACCUGAUACUAGUACAUACUCCAAAGUGAUUGCUCAUCUGUGUAAUGCCUCUAAAGUAGAAAACACUUUUCUUUUGUUUGAAGAAAUGAAAAAGAAUGGUGUCGUACCUGAUGUGCGUACAUACACGAUUUUAAUUGAUAGCUUUUGUAAGGUUGGUCUUAUAGAGCAGGCUCGUAACUGGUUUGAUGAGAUGGUAAAGGGUGGUUGUGCCCCUAAUGUGGUGACGUACACUGCUCUAAUACAUGCUUAUCUUAAAGCAAGGAAGGUGUCCAAGGCUGAUGAACUCUUCGAGAUGAUGUUGUCUAAAGGUUGCAAUCCAAAUGUUGUUACAUAUACAGCUUUGAUUGAUGGUCAUUGUAAAGCUGGGCAGAUUGAGAAAGCUUGUCAGAUUUUUGCUAGAAUGCAAACUAAUGCAGAAAUCCCGGAUGUAGAUUUAUAUUUUAAAGAGGUUGACAAUGAGGCCAAAACGCCAAAUGUUUAUACAUACGGAGCUUUAGUGGAUGGUUUAUGCAAGGUUUACAAAGUCAAAGAGGCCCAUGAAUUAUUGGAAGGCAUGUCAGCAUCUGGUUGUAAGCCUAACCGUGUUGUGUUCGGUGCUCUUAUUGAUGGAUUUUGCAAGGCCGGGAAGCUAGACGAAGCACAAGAGGUGUUUUCUGAGAUGUUGGAGCAUGGUUAUGAUCCAAAUACUUUUAUAUACAGCUCAUUAAUGAACAGGUUGUUUAAAGAUAAACGAAUGGAUCUUGCUUUAAAAGUCCUAUUCAAAAUGCUCGAAAAUUCUUGCACUCCUGAUGUUAUUAUUUACACUGAAAUGAUUGAUGGCCUAUGUAAGUCUGGUAAAACAGAUGAGGCCUAUAAGCUUAUGUUGAUGAUGGAAGAAAAGGGCUGCUAUCCUAAUGUGGUGACUUACACUGCAAUGAUAGAUGGCUUCGGCAAAGCAGGUAAAAUAGAUAAAGGCCUCGAGCUUUUAGAACAAAUGGGUUCCAAGGGUUGUGCUCCAGAUUUCGUGACAUAUAAGGUUUUGAUGAACCACUGUUGUAAUGUUGGCCAGUUGGAUAAGGCUCAUGAACUUUUGGAAGAGAUGACACAGACACACUGGCAGAGGCAUAUCUCAGGCUACCGCAAGAUCAUAGAAGGUUUCAACAAAGACUUCAUAUUGUCUCUUGGGCUCUUAGAUGAGGUUCGCAAAAGUGAAUCUCUGCCAGUUAUUCCUCUUUAUAGAAUGCUUAGUAAUAGUUUUAUAAAGGCUGGGAGACUAGAGGCGGCUUUACAGCUUCAUCAGGAGCUAGCAUCAUUUUCACGAGUUUCUACAGCAUACUAUAGUACAUGUAAUGCUCUUAUUGAGAGCCUUUCAUUGGCUGGCAACGUUAAUGAGGCUUUUGAAUUGUAUUCUGACAUGACAAGGAUGGGCCGAGUUCCUGAGAUAAGCACGUUUAUCCACCUUAUUAAGGGGCUCAUCACAGUGAACAAGUGGGACGAGGCACUUCAACUUUCAGAUAGCUUCUGUCAAAUGGAUAUUCAAUGGCUUUGAGAAAAAAAAAAAAAGACGCCUGAUGUGACUUAGGCUUUGUUGAACAUUUGGUUUUCCAGUUUACUGAUUGAUCACUGAGCGAUCGUCGAAAGUUAUACUCUGAGGUUGACUUUAUUGGUCGAGGAAUUGUUUUGCAUGUAUAAGAAAGCAGAAGGCAAGGCCACCAAUGCUUAACAAACCAAGAUAACAGUCUCUCAGAGACCUGGGUGAUCAUUUGAAAUCGCUUAGAAUUGGAAGCAAGCCAUGCCAGCUCAACCGAGUAUCAAUCAUUUAUUUACUCUUCAUGUUGCAUCAUUACUCAUUGCAUGUGGUACAAGUCGGCAUUAUUGCUCCGAACCCUACACUGCAAAACAACUCAGCCAGAAGAAACAGGUCUUACUCACUCAACUUGCUGAACCGAAGCGCUUCAAAGUUGAACUAACAUAAUGAAGAUGAUGGCAAGAACACUAAACAUAAUGAAGAUGAUGGCAAUGCAGUAUCAAGAUGUAUCCUGUUUUCUAGGUUUAUAAAAGGGUUUAUCAAACAAUAAAUCCAUGCCAUGAAUGAAUUAUUUUGCUUAUUGUACUUGGUCUGAUUUUCCUUUCUUUGGUACUUGUGUUUGGUAAGAGGAAAAGUGAAAGAAAAGGAGGAAACUGGAAAGUUAGAAAAAGAGAGUAUAUUUACAGAUUUUUCUUUCUGAACUUUUAAAAUAUAGAAUGAAAUCAAACCUAUUAUCUAA